CCAGUUUAUCAAGUAUUGCUUGUAGUGUCGUGUUUAAUCGGACUGUCUUUCGACUUAUUAUUUUAGUUUGUGUCUUGAUAUGAUUUGCUAUUUUACUUAACACUUAAGUAAAACACAAUGGGAAUACGAUAUAGGUGAAUAAUAUGAUCGUCCCUGGUAUAAAUAUCACAUAACAGAAACACAAAUCUACAUACGUUUUACUGUUUAACCGAAACACUGAAGAUGCUGGUCCAUGCGCAAAAAGAGUCAUCACCUCCAUCUAAUUUGUGUAACAAUGGCAAGGCGUCUCCUAAAAAUGGAAAUCUACGCGGCGUUUUUAAAAAAUCUCACACGUGUGGCAGUUUGUUCGCAAAAUGCUCUUGCGGUGAGAAAUUCGACUGCAAAAGUGAUCACAAAAGUUUCUCUCAUUCCAAACCUAUUGGUAUCCAGAUAUCCUCGAAAUUAAGUCUGGACGAAACUUGUUUUCCGCACGGGAAUAGCAAGAGAUCAUCAAAUCCAGAUUUAUAUAGGUUUUCUAAAAGUCCAGAAGUGUGUUUGUGUCCCAAGUUACCCAAAGGAACGAAUGUUGUGAAAGCCAACGUAUACCUACCUCACCCAGAAAUCAACUUCCCGAUUCCAGUGGAAAUACCAGCCGAAAACUGUGAUAAAUGCGGACUGAUCCAAAAAAACACGCCUCCUCCUAACCUUCAUCCAGAAAUUAAGAACAAAUUAGACUACCACAAAUACACUGCCCUAGCAUACGAAGGGCAAUCGAUUCAAAACAACGACGAAGCUCAAAAGUUCCUACAAGGUUUCGGAAUACUCACACCCAUGGGUAACGGGAUAGCAUCCAGUUUAAGAAAGAGCUCGAUAGACGGGGAAGUAAUACAGACGAUUAAAAGAAGUUCCAAAAAUUUAGAGUUGAAGAGAAAGAGUUUGAUCGAUUCGGAGGACUAUGAUUACCUGAAGUCGCUGGUGGCAAAAUUGAAAUAUGAAGUGUCGGAGAUCGAGGGAAAGUAUGAAUCUGUUCAGUCCGAAUUGUUCGAUGUGAAAAAGUUGCUAGGAUGCAAAGAGAGUCAAGUACUGAAACUGCAAAGGGAGAUCCACAAACUUAAGAGUGUCCUACAACAAACCAAUUGCAGCAGAGAUGGAGAAUUGCUUGCCAAUAUCCAAAAGCAGCAUUCUAUGGCCAACGGCGUUCCCCAAAACUUACUCACUCUUAAUAAUAGCAACCAUUCCAAAAAACAGGGUGUCUCAGCUGAAUCCAGUGAAGCAACUGGAGAAGCCGUCAAUAUAUCCAUUACAAAAUUUGACAAAGAUUUCAGAUCCAAACAGCUGAUCAAAGGAGCCAUUAUGGACAACAGUUUCCUAAAGCAUCUAGACACAUCACAGGUACGAGAGAUGGUAGAUGCUAUGUAUGCUAAAGAAUUCUCAGCAGGCUCAUUGGUCGUAAAAGAAGGCGAAACAGGAGUACAUUUAUUUGUUUCCGGUGAAGGUGACUUUGAAAUCAUUAAAGACGGUAACGUUCUGGGCCUCAUGGGACCAGGAAAGGCAUUUGGAGAGCUCGCUAUUUUAUAUAACUGUACAAGGACGGCGUCAAUACGAGCCGUUACCGAUGUAAAAGUAUGGAUAUUAGACCGGAAAGUCUUUCAACAGAUCAUGAUGAGGACUGGUUUGCAGAGACUACAAGAUAAUCUUAACUUUUUAAAGUCUGUUCCGCUUCUUCAGAAUCUCAACAACGACGUGUUAGCUAAAAUAGCAGACGCAUUAGAAGUGGAAUUUUAUCCAGCUGGAGCGUAUAUAAUUCGGCAAGGAGCAAGUGGCGACAUAUUUUUCAUCAUCAGCAGCGGAUCUGUUAAAGUUACUCAAAGGCUACCAGGGCAGCUUGAAGAAGACGAAAUCCGAAUAUUGCAAAGAGGAGACUAUUUUGGAGAACAGGCUUUGUUGAAAGAAGAUUGUCGUACAGCCUCAGUGAUUGCCAUGCAUCCCGGUGUCGAAUGUUUAACUUUAGAUAGAGAAUCAUUCAAGCAGCUAAUAGGAGAUAUCAGUGAAAUAAGAGAAAAAGACUACGGGGAUGUAGAAAGACUGAACAAAACAUCAUCUUCUUUAGAACAACAAGAAUACGAAUACAUUAAACUGAAUGAUUUAGAAGUCAUAGCUACAUUGGGAAUUGGAGGAUUUGGUAGAGUGGAACUUGUCCAAUAUGUAGCAAAACCCUCCCUCACAUUUGCCUUAAAGUGUUUGAAAAAACAACAUAUAGUAGAUACGCAACAACAAGAACACGUUCAGAGUGAAAGAAGUAUAAUGAUGAGUUGUAGAAGCCCCUUUAUAUGUCGGUUAUAUCGAAGCUUUAGGGACCAAAAAUACGUCUACAUGCUAUUGGAAGCAUGUUUGGGAGGCGAAGUAUGGACAAUCCUUAGAGAUCGAGGUUGUUUCGACGACCACACGACUAGAUUCAUAACAGCUUGUGUCAUAGAAGCCUUUGAGUAUCUUCACGCUAGAGGAAUUAUCUAUAGAGAUUUAAAACCUGAAAACUUACUAUUAGAUUCAAAAGGUUAUGUAAAACUGGUCGAUUUUGGCUUUUCUAAAAGAUUAGGUUAUAGUAGCAAAACUUGGACCUUCUGUGGCACUCCUGAAUACGUGGCUCCAGAAGUUAUUCUUAACAAAGGGCACGAUAAAGCUGUAGAUUUCUGGGCUCUUGGCAUCCUUAUGCAUGAACUUUUGACUGGAAAUCCACCAUUUAGAGCUUCCGAUCCUAUGAAUACCUACAAUUUAAUAUUAAAAGGAAUAGAUAUGAUUGACUUUGCAAGACACAACGUAGGAAGAACCGCGCAAGGGUUAAUAAAGAAAUUGUGUAAAGACAUUCCGUCGGAGAGGUUGGGAUGUCAACGUGGAGGAAUUGUGGAUAUUAAAAAACAUAAGUGGUUUCAAGGUUUCGACUGGGAUGGUUUGGUUGCCCAAACUUUACCAGCUCCUAUUCAACAAAAUGUCAGAAGUCCUUGCGAUAGUUCAAACUUCGACGACUUUCCUAAAGAUGGCGACAUUCCUCCUGAUGAAUCAUCGAACUGGGAUAUUAAUUUUUAAGAAAUAGGUUAAGUUUUACUUAAAAGUAAGUCAAAUGGAACCAAAGUCUUUAAGAUGGUUGUAGACGAGACCUUCUCCAAUACAAAGAAGAUAAGAAGAAGACGAAGAGAAACGAUAAAGUACAAAGUUUUAUAUUUUAAAGGGAACUCAAUUCUUAAGUUUGACAUUACGUUGUUAUUAUGCCUAAACUUCUAAACGGUUUGUAAAGCAUUGAUAUUGAUAUACAGUUAAUUUAACUUAGAACUAUUCCAAAUGAUACAGUAACAAGACGUAAUGCGUUUUAACUCUAUUAUAGUGUUUACUUCCUUAUUCUUUUACUACUAUCAGACAAGCACAGAAUCUUACAUAUUUUUUACAAAAAAGCGAUACAAAUAAUAAAAAACUUUUUCAUGUACUCCUGCUUUGUGAACUACACCAAAGAAAUUGGCUGCAAAUUGGAAUAAAGUGUUGUGAUACUUUAAGCUAGAAUUAUUUAUGUAUAAUUAAUUAAUAAUAUGUAAUUGUCAAAUUUAAGAAAUAAGUAUUUACUAAUAUAUUUUUAAGUUACGAACUCCUUGCUACCAACUGUCUGUGAAUUUUACAUACCAAAUAACGAAGAUGGUCAGAUUUUUUGCUUUGUUUUGAAUAAUAAAAUCUAUAUUUUUAUAUUCAUUAAUUUAAAAAAAUCUGUAAGAAGCUAAUUAUCUGAUCAAAAUGAAUAAUAUAACAAUUUUUCAUGUGAAUCGGGAAACAUUUUGUAGAAAAAACCAUAGUAUAUAAUAUAAUUUAUUUGUUACGAGAGAUAUUUUAAGAUGCUUUUCUGCAAACAGUUUCCUGAUAAAAGAACUUCCCGAAUAUGAAUAGUGUAAAUCUAGAAUAGUGGCAUUAUUUUUAUAAAAUUAUUUAUAAAAUUUUAUGAAAUA